AUGACAUCCAAAGACCACGCCGGCGGGGCCGGCGCUCCAGCCGGCGACGAUGGCUUUCCGAAACCUCAGUUCCCUGGGCGCUCCGACCGACCAGGCCCGCCCAGCAUCAUCUCGUCGCGAAUGACCGACAUUGCAUCCGACGACGGCGGGGAAGCUGUAGUACAGACCCUUUCCGAAAACCCUCGGAGGAAGUCAGGCCUGGCCUCGGACUCCCUCUCACGCCCAGGAACCGCGAAGACGGGAAUGUCUGGACCCUGGGAAGGCCGCAGACGAGGCCCGCCUCCACGGAUGAACUACAUCACGAGUCUCAGCGAGAAGAGGGGGAGCACUGGCGCUGGCAGCACCGCUGGCUCCAUCGCCAGCCGCCCGCCAAGCUCCACAAGCCGCAGCCAUGUGCCGUCUCUCACCUCUUCGGCCUUCUUUCGUCCCAUGAGUUCCCAGAAGCUGCAGGCUCAACGUGGCGGUUCCCGCCCCGCAACUCGUCAACAGCCCACAUUCGAGGACGUCGAGUCCGAACCCGGCCAAAGUGCCGCCGCCGCCGCUGCUGUUGCUAGUGGUGGACCGAAUGCUCGGCACAGCGUCAUUUCGAACCCGGUUUCGAACCCCGUCGCCCGUCUUCAACGUCAGCUCAGUGACGAUGACGAGAUGCGCGCGCCUCCAUCCCGUGGAACAGAGUACACCGAGCAAGGAACCUAUGAUCGGAUCACCGCGAACACGAGUCCAACCCACGGUCAUCAUGCCGCUGGCAGCAUGUCUGAGAGCGUCACCCCUUUGCAGCGGAAUCAGCGCAACAGCCGGAACCUGAGCGUCACCGUCGACAGAGGCUUCAAGGAACGGGGCAACCAGCCCAGCCCCGUCAAGUCCCCGCGAUCUUUCCGCUCGAGCUUCCUUCUGCCGGGACGUAGCGACCAGGGCCAGAACAAGUCGAAUCGGAGCCUGCCUGGCGGCGAGAAGCUUUCGUCAACUGCGUCGACUCCCCAACUCAACCCAGUCGACUUGUCUAGGCCUGCCGACAAAACAAACUUGAAGAAGUCCAUGUCGAAUCUCGGCUACGUCUUCCAGUACUUCGAGGGCAACACCGUGUUCUGCAUAGGCGGCCGGUUCCAGAACACCAAGCAUAGGCCGGUCAACGUAGCCACCGGCUUGUUCAUCGUUAUCCCGGCCGUCCUCUUCUUCGUCUUCUCUGCACCUUGGUUAUGGCACAACAUCAGCCCCGCCAUCCCCAUCACUUUCGCGUACCUGUUCUAUGUUUGCAUCUCUUCCUUCCUCCAUGCUUCCGUGUCGGAUCCGGGUAUUUUGCCUCGUAACCUCCACGUUUUCCCCCCUGCAGAACCGACCGAGGAUCCUCUCCGACUUGGCCCGCCGACUAACGACUGGACGCUGAUCAAGUCGGCGGAGUCGGCAACAGCCGCUAUGGAAGUUCCGGUCAAGCACUGUAGAACGUGUAACAUUUGGCGACCUCCUCGAGCCCAUCACUGCCGUCUAUGCGAUAACUGCAUCGAGACUCACGACCACCACUGUGUUUGGCUCAACAACUGCGUUGGACGGCGCAACUACCGCUAUUUCUUUGCCUUUGUGUCCUCGGCCACAUUCCUCUCCCUCUAUCUCCUGGGCGCCUCUCUCGCCCAGAUCCUCAUACACAUGAACCGAUCCAACAUUUCCUUUGGCAAAUCUAUCGACGAAUUCCGCGUGCCCUUCGCCAUGGUCAUCUACGGUUUCGUCUCGUUCCUCUACCCAGCUGCCCUCAUGGGCUACCACGUGUUUCUCAUGGCGCGAGGCGAAACGACCAGGGAGUAUAUUAACUCUCACAAGUUCAUCAAGAAGGAGCGCUUCCGGGCCUUUACUCAAGGAAGCAUGCUCAAGAACUGGAUCGUCGUUCUCUGCCGGCCGAGGCCCCCUACGUACUAUCAGUUCAAGAAGAAGUACAGCGUUGGGGACCAGCGCCUCGGGGCCUUUCGCGACCAGCCCAAGAACGACGCGCAAGGCAUGGAGAUGCACAACGUCAGGCCAUCGACUGGUUUUCAAGGACCCGUUUCUCUACGCAACGAAGCAAACACAUCCACGACAUAA